CGGCGCUCAGCCUUCCCGCGCCUUGAGGAGGCAAGCUGCUGAAGAGGCUCCGUUGUGGCUAGAGGUGCUCCUGGAUAUGUCCCACGGCGGUAAUUCUCGCGGACAGAAGGAGAGGAGUCUGAAUCUAACUGCUGCCAGUCUGUUACACUGUCUGGGCACGGAGUACUUUUGUAGGAAAUAUUGCAGAAAAAGAAAUUGGGAUAUAGGAUACUCAUCCUUUCCAGGAGAACAUCCAUGGCAGUUCAGAAGAGCAGGUCUCAGGACAGUGGGGACAGCUGCUUCCCUCUCUGAAUCAUGGCUCAGAUGUGAAGAAGGAUUUCAGGAUACUUCUGGGACUCCGUUGUUAACAGCUGAAAAGAAGACUUUUACAGAAAAGGACAUUGAAUUACUUGCUAGAUCCAAGAAAGAAACUACCACAUCUAAGAGUACCAGUGGGCUUACGGAUAUAACAUGGAGUUCCAGUGAAAGUGAUCUGUCAGAUGAAGAUGAACCACAGUUUGUUGAGUGGGAGAGUGACAGUGACAGGGAACAUAGUAGUGAAUACAGUGAAUUUGAAGACAGUGAGAGGGCUGUGGAAAUAUCAGACUGUGCUUCUUGUGCAAGCAGUUCUUUGACAAGUGAAGAAAGGGCAUCUGAGCUUCCUAAGGCAAGUUCUACAGAAAUUUUGGAGUAUUCAUCAGACAGUGAAAACAAAGAUGAUUUGGAGAAUGGCUUGUUCAUUGAUUCAGAAUUCUCUCACAAAUACUACAUGGAUUUUGGAUCAGAUGAAAGACAGGUUAUGGAGAGACUGAUAAACACAAGGGUGAAAUCUACAGAGAACAUUUUGUAUACAUCCCAGAAACAAAACAAGUUUCUCAGGACUCCUGAAAAUUCAGCAAAGACGACGAAGCUUUUGAGAGGUGGGCUAGCAGAAAGACUAAAUGGACUGCAGAAUCGAGAGAGAUCUGCCAUUUCUUUGUGGAGACAUCAAUGUGUUUCUUAUGAAAAGACACUUUCAGGUAGAAGAUCUGGUAUAUUAAUUGUGAAAAUUUUAGAGGUGCAUGAAGAAUGCACCAUCCAGAUUGCCAUGUGUGAGCAGUUAGCGGGACUGCAGGCUGACAGCCCUUCUCCAAGUGAGGGCCCUGGGACUGGCCUAAAGGUUCUCUUCACCAAGGAAACUGCACACUACCUCAGGGGACAACCUCAAGACGUCAUCCAUAUCUACCCUCCCUGGCAAAUGCUUGUUGUCCCAAAUGGAACCUGUCCUGUUAUUCUGAAUACUUAUUUUUGUCAGAAAGUUGUUGCCAAAGAAGAUUCAAGAACAACACAUGAAGCACAAUAUUGGGACACAUCCCUUCCAAGAAGAACCAUCACUUUGGCCCAGAUGUUUAGAUUUAAAAAUCUAACAAAUAAUUCACCUGAAAGCCAGGUUAUGUAUAGUGGUCUUACCACCAUGGAGACAAACUGGACCCACAGACAUGAAGAAGAAGCAAAACAGCACUUCUCAGCCCAAGCUCCUCUGAGGGAUUCUCUCCUGGAUGCAAUAGAAAGCCAAGGAGCUGCCACAUGGUCGGGAGUUGGAGUCCCAGUGGUGGUGCAGAGAGUUUACUCUCUUCCAGGGUGGUGUCACCUAGGAAGUGGCUCAGCUGCUCCACCCAGCUCAGACCCACCUAGAGUUCGAGUCUCUUUUCUUGUGCAAGAUGCCUAUGGAAUGUUCAGUGAAGUGCACUCAGAGGGGACCAUCUUGAAGGACAGAGAGUUGGAAGGGAAGUCCUGCAGCCUGGCGGGAAUGAAAAUUCUACGGAAGGCCACCAGAGGAAGGGCAGCAGGGCUUUUCAGUUUGAUUGAUACCAUGUGGCCUCCAGUGAUGCCUCUGAAAGCACCUGGCUACAGCGAGGCCUGUGAAGAGGUAAAAACUCAGCUGCCUCCUCCUGGAUUCUGUUACAUCCUUACUGCUCAUCCAAAUCUGGGACAAAUUAAUAUAAUUGAAGAAAACCCCAUUUCUAAGCUUUAUCAGCCUCCAAUUCCCCGCUUCUUAAGAGAAAUUCUCCAGACUGAUGAUAUUGGUACCCGUUGCAGUUUCUAUGCCAGAGUGAUUUAUCAAAGACCACAGCUAAACAGUUUGCUUCUUCUGGAGCGAAGGCAGAUUUGGCUGACAGUGACUGAUGUCACCCUACAAAUGCAAGAUGAAAAUAACUCUGGCCUCCCAAAAACCAUGCCGGUCUGUGUGACCUCCUCAUGUGUGCUGGGCCAAGAAGUCUUGGAAGUACUAGCCAAGGCUGCCGUUCACAGCUUCUUCUUCAGAGAUGCUCUCCGAGACAGCGGUCAGAUUGUUUGUGUUGAACGAACUGUCCUGCUUCCAAAGCCCAUUCUGGAUGUGACCUCUGGUGCUCACUCCUGUGAGCUACCUGGCCCUGUGACGCUUGAUGAACUGGAUUCUGUCACUCAGGUCAACUCCAUUUGCAAUGUUCAAGGCACUGUGAUAGGCGUGGAUGAGAGCACUGCUUUCUUAUGGCCUACGUGUGACCUGUGUGGCAAUGAGAGAUUGGAACAGAGCCCAGAAGACAGAGGCGUUUUUUCCUGUGGAGACUGCUCCCGUGUGGUCACCUCUCCUCUUCUCAGAAAGCACCUGCAGGUCAUCUUAGACUGCCCCUCUCGACCCCAGUGCACAGUGAGGGUCAAGCUGCUGCAAAACAGUAUCUCUUCACUCCUGAAGUUUGCUGUCUGUGAAGAUGAGAGUUAUGAAGUGAAGAGUGUCCUCGGAAAUGAGGUGGGGUUAUUGACUUGUUUUGUCCAGUCUAUAACCACCUACCCGACUAGCUGCAUUGGAUUGGAGGAAAUUGAGCUUCUGAGUGCAGGAAGAGCCUCUUCAGAUCACCAUCAGUUGCCAUAGGAAUCUGUAAACUUUGCAUUGUGGCUGCAAGGGGGUGGUGGUGGUUUUGGGUAGUUAUUUUUUAACUAUGGGCAAAGUGAAUGUAUUUUAUGAUCUUGGAAUGGAAUUUAAGAUUUUUCUGGGGCAAAUGUUAAUAAAUGGUUUUAUAAAUUAUAAAUCAAAAUAUUUUUUCUACGGUUACAUAUAUUUUUAUUACCUACGGUUACAUAUAUUUUUAUUACCUUUUUACAAACUUAGGAACAUAACUGUUAAAGCUUACAUUGAGGUCUUCAUUUUGUAUUUAUCUUAGGCAAUAAUAUUAAUGUAGCAGAAAAAAUUUUUUCAGUUGUAAUUUUAAAGUGUUUGAAUACUCUGCAAAGCUUAAACCUUUGUCCUAUAUUGUGAUAUUACUGUUCUCCUACAAUGAAUGUCCAAUCUAAGCAUUCUGCAGUUCAAUGUUUCUGGGAAAAUAUUCUAGGGAAUAUGUCAGAGGUAAAAUUUAGUUAUUCAUAUAGUGUGGAUAAGUUAACCAGUGUGAUUAUCGCUAUACUGAACAGAGAUACAGUUAGCUCACUCUAGAUAAGCCUGUUUAAUCACACUGUGCACGAAGAGCCAAGAUUACAGACUGAAAAGGAGUGGAUUGUUAACAUUCGCUUUGUUGGCAGAGAUUUAAACGUAAAACCAUGAAUUAAUGAUCUUUAGACACUAAAGAUUUUGUUUCCUCCCUUAUAAUGAUAUAAUGACAGGCUAUUGUUAAUUAAUUACAUAAUAUAAAGUACUGGCUGAGAUCAAGAAAGGGUGCCUCGUACCCACUUUCACUGGGGGAAGGCAAAGGACUUUAUUUGUCCAGAUUAAGCUUUGAAACAUUAAAUUUAAAUUACUGGGAAGAUAUUCGGUUUUAAGUAGCUUUGUGACUGUCCUUUUCAUCUACUACAUGACUAUUUUGCAUUCAUACGCACUUUGAAAAUCUACUCGAAGUUGUCCAUGAGACCAAGGAAAGUGAAAGCAAAGUCCCGCGAAAGCCAAAGAUGAUUCAGACUUUUAGGAUAACGUGAACCCUCCUCUAUCCCCUCACCCUGGGAGCAGCCAACAAAAGUUAGGAAGGUCUACAGCUGUUCUCCAUAAGGCCCCUCAGCUCAGCUACAGGCCCAGUCCCCUCCCUAUGUCUAAGUACUUAUUUGGGAGCACCUUCCACCGGAAGGCUGCCAGCUUAACGUGAACUUAGCCGUGCUUUGCUGAUCUUAGGCAAGUUAAAUAAAACAUUUGGAGAUAAACUUUGACAUGCUUCAAAAGCAAAGCAGACCCUCUCUUCUAAGAUGCUUGGUUUCCCCUGGGGAGGGGAGAACCACACUUGUGUCCCGCGCCUACCCCCAGGUGCCAAGUUGCACACCUGGUAUUGGAAUGCGUCCAGCGGGGUCCUGGAGCCCCCAGUGUGCAGGAAUCACUGUAAAUACAGGAAUCGGGAGGUUUUAAAUGCUGCUUUAUUCUUACAAAUACUGUAAAAAUUAUUAUAAAAAAGAGCAUGCUCAGUGUUUUCCUCUUAUCUACAAUACAAAGGGUGAAAAGUCUUUAAAAAAAAAACACAAAUGUACCUUAGCUGCAUCAA